AUGGAUCCUUUUGCAGAUAAUCAUGUGGUGUUUCAGAAUGCUGAACAAAUGCAGUCUUGGAUCACACGCAUCAACACGGUGGCGGCCAUGUUUUCAGCCCCGCCCCUCCCUGCUGCCAUUGGCUCACAGAAGAAAUUCAGUCGACCGCUGCUGCCAGGCUCCGCCUCCAAGCUGUCACAGGAGCAGGGACAGGCUCAUGAAGCUCGAUUUCGCUCCAUCUCCACUGAGCUUGCACAACUGCGCUCUUAUCCGCCUGACAGAAAGGUGAAAGGUCGUGAACUCGAGGAGUACCGGCUGAGAGAGGAGUAUCUGGAGUUUGAGAAAACGCGCUAUGAGACGUACAGCAUGCUCCUGCGGGCGAAGCAGCGCUGCGGCGACGAUGACCUGUCAGUGUUUGAGGCCAUGCUCCUGGAGGAAGGUGCGCUACAGAGAGCUCAGUCCAGCCCCACGCUUCAGGACAGCAGUAUGACCUGCAGCACCAGAGACGGCGCGAGCCAAAGCAUCGCCGCUGAUGCACAAGAACCGUCUGGAAACGGAAACAACGGCUGCUCCCGCGGUCAGGGCCAGAGACACAGCUACCGGCAGGCCGUCCGCAAGUGAAGCCACCACCGCCAUCCACAGGAAGCUCGCUGUACUGGAGAGGAAGUGAGGUCUCUCUCUUUCCUGUGUGCGCCCUCCUGCUCUGUGUGCCAUCAGGAAGGGGUGUUGAUUCCGACUGAAUCUGACUCUGUGAUUGGCUGAUGGCUGGGUGAUGUCACAACACAAGGUGCUAUGGGAUCUGGACGGGAGAGCGUGAUUGGGAUUCGGAGGAACGUAAAUAUAAAACGCAUAACUUUCCUUUGCCUUCUAGUUCUCGGUUUCUUCUGCGACUUCUUGCCCGAAGCCAUUUCAUCUCACACUACCAAGUCAAAUCACCAAGUCGAACCUUUAAGAUAUGAUUGUGUUGGAAAGUCUUUAGUUUUUGCAUUUCUAGAAAUAACUCAUUUGUUUACAAUACAUAUUAAAAUUCACCAAUUCUGCUCAAAAUGGUCAGAAGUACGAACACUCGACAAAGCGACGUCUUGGAUGCGUGUAUUUCUGACGGUGAAACACCAUGCUUGUUGUGUGUCAUAAGGGCGUCUCAUUUCGUGUGGUGUUUAGGAGCGGUAGACGAGCAGAAAGCUGACUAGCCCGUAUGCAACUAGUUAUUUCUUCAUGUUGUUCUCGGCAUUAGCGAUCUGUAUUUGUACAAUAAUGCACAGGGACAUCAAAGUCACUAAAUGCACCGUCCGUUUGCUCCGCAAAACCCUGUUUUGCCCUAAAAUGUCUUUUGCACUGAACACUAAGUAUUCUCACACCGCAAAACUAAUUUUCUCAGUCAAUUUUGUCUUUUUUCUAAACAUCCUUAAAAUGAGAUGCAUUAAUUUAAGAAACAAAUUUUGUGUAUUGAAUUUUUUUCUUAACUGAUUUACCGAUUGUAUUUUCCCUAGUUUUUCAGCACAAACCU